AAGAAGGGGAUGCUGUACCUCACUCAAUACAAAAUAAUAUUCCAGCAUAAAGAUAAGGGGUCGACCAUCAUUCGUUUUCCUCUGCAGCUGUUGGGAGAUUGCUUUCUGGAGGAAGAGCCCAACUCCAAACCUCAACACAUCCAAGGAACUCUGACUUCCACCCAGGGACUUCUUGUUUUCAAAUUCACUUUCCAGUAUGGAGCUUCGGAUUGCCUAAACAUGAUCAAAGAUCUAGUAGAUUCAGAUAUUUUGAAAGAGGCGACCAAUCUCCAAGAAUACCCCACCGCCUCCAUCUAUACUUACGCCCACCCUGCGGCGCCACAGACAACCCGUUCUCUCAACAUGUUACCACUGUGGCCUCCCCCUUACCCUGGCCCCCCAGAGCUCCCCCCACCCUAUUCUGAAGUGGAAGCAGAAUCUCCAGGAAGAAGCAGAGAGGCAG